AUGACGAUCGAGAUCGAUCAAUUCCCGUUGGAUCUUCUGCAAGAGGUACUGUCCUUUUUGCCACAGCAAGAUCGACUUCAAUGCUCCCUCGUGAGUCGCAAAUUCAACGGCAUCGCCACAAAACUUCUGUAUCGACGCAUAUACCUGAACGACUCUAACGUGGUGAGAAGUGACAUUAUGAAUCUAGCCAUAAACUGGACUCUUCUGUACGUGCCCAACCGGUUGCCAGAAGCGGUCGCGCGCAAGGUGGCAGAUCGAAAGUUACGCAGCCUGAUACGAACGUUGCAAUCCAACGAACGAGCUGUCAAAGCCGUGGAAUGGGUUCGAAUCAAUUGGGAUCUUAAUCCAAAGUGGCAAAAACAGCUGCUUUCCGUUAUCUGCAAUGAAAGUGAGUCUUUACAAAGGCUGGAAAACGUCACAGACCCUGCUUGCAACGACAUCAUUGCGCAUGGCAAAAUGUCCCGCCAAAAACUUUCGAGCUUCGAUAUGGCUCCCCCGAAUCCAAAUGCAGGUUCCGAAGUGGACCCUUCCUACAUUCCAAAUCUGAAGACUUACCUCUCGCAACGAAUCUCGUCGCAGAUAACAUACAUGAACCUCUUCAUCGAUCCAAUUUUACUCUUCUCAUGCCUAUACCCUUUAAGAGACAAACUGCAAGUGGUGGAUCUCAAGUUGCAUUGGAGAGUGGAGUUUUAUCAAAAGAUGUAUUUCAAAGAAAGCAUAGCCGAGCGUCCCAUUCAGAAGCUUUCUGACAUUUUCGAUACCAGAAGUUUGCGCGUUUUGACGAUCGUUUCAUGGCAUGAGUGCCUUCUGUCAGGCGAACUGGAGAUGCUUCGUCAAUUUCAAGAAUUUACGAAUAUAGAGGACCUUUCCUUGAUAUCCAUUGAACAAGAGACGACACCUCUUAUAAGCCUCUUCCGUAAGCUGAUCGGACUGAAAAGACUGAAAGUCGACUUCAUUGAGCAGCUUUCAUCGCAGUCUACAAAGCCUGAACUUUUCCUGGCUAUCUUGCAUUGUUGUCGCGAACUGGAGUUUCUCGAUAUGCGAUUCGAGGGCCUCGAUGCCCCCAUUGUUGAUGUGGAAAAGGGGGAUUUCCGCUUAACCCAAAAAUGUCAUUGCAGUUCCUGUAUGCACGUAUUUGAUUCUAUUAUACGUCAGAAGCUAUUCCUAUUUCCUGAGGAUUAUGUGUUGACUGAUUUCAGAGAUGUGUUGACGAAAGAUAUUUUCCGGAUGAUAAGAUUCCACUGCUUACUACCUUAUUCCAAAGCCUGUGAUUAUUACCCCAGCGUGAGGACAUGCCCUAUGGAUAUCGAUAAAUUCGUGUCGUUGAUGAACAAUGAUCUCAAGCUUUAUCGCGCAAGCCGAAGUCAACUAGUAAGAGACCCAGUUGUUCCUGACGAAAACUCUCGUUCUAGUUACUGCCAGCUAGAUGACCAACCAGAACAACCGUGCCUGGAAGAUCUUCUCGAUAGCGACGAUGAAAAUUCCUUCAUUGAUAUGGUCCUCCCACACAAGCCAUUGACAAGACAAGAUGUCGUGGCUUGUUAUCACGCGCUCAUUCACCACCAUAGGAGGACUUACGUUGCGUUGCUCACUCAGUUCCCCAAAUUAAGGUUUUUGGUACUCAAUGACAUCGCAACCGUGGUUCUCAAUGAAAACGAUGAGCGCGUACUGCAACCAGUCUUUUACAACGAAGGAUUCAAGUCCAACUUGAACGGCUGGACGCAGAAAGGAAGGCGACAGAAGGGCGCGAAAGUUUUUGUGGAGAAAUCGGUGUCCUCUGAUGGCAUUGAAUACAAAACAAACUGA